CGGCCCCUCUGGGUGAGCGAGCGCCCACAGGUUGGCAAUCCAGGCAGCCAGAGGACGCGAAAGCUCAGGGAAAAAUGCGGUCGGGGAGGCGGGGACCUGCGGCAGUCCAGCUGCUGUGGCAUGCCCCAGCAGGUUGCUAGUUGCAGUUUCGAUUUCCUGUCUGCUCUUGAGGUUCCCAAGCGGCUCCACCCCUCAGCACUGGGUCUGAGUUCUCUUGUCAGAAGAUCUGUGUCAGCCCGCCGCCACCAGGCUUUCAAGAGAGUGGGACGCGGGCGAAGCAGGGACCUCACCGGGAGCCAAGUUGCUAGCAUGUCGGCCGAGGAUCGGCGGAAUCUGCACGCCUUCCGGGACUAUGUCACGAAGACUCUGGACCCUACCUGCAUCCUGAGCUACAUGGCCCCCUGGUUUAAGGACGAUGAGGUACAGCAUAUUCAGGCUGAGAAAAACAAUAAGGGCACGAUGGAGGCUGCCUCACUUUUUCUUAAGUUCCUAUUGGAGCUCCAGGAAGAAGGCUGGUUCCGUGGCUUUUUGGAUGCCCUUGUUCAUGCAGGUUAUUCUGGACUUCAUGAAGCCAUUGAAACUUGGGAUUUCCAAAAAAUUGAAAGUCUAGAGGAGUAUAGAAUACUUUUAAAGCGUUUACAACCAGAAUUUAAAACCACAGUUAAUCCAAAAGAUAUCCUUCCUAAAAUAUCUGAAUGUUUAAUUAGUCAGGAAUGUGAAGAAAUUAUACAGGUUUGUUCCAACAAGGGGCUGAUGGCAGGUGCGGAGAAAAUGGUUGAAUGCCUUCUCAGAUCAGACAAGGAAAACUGGCCCAAAACUUUGAAACUUGCUUUGGAGAUGGACGAGAACAAGUUCAGUCAACUGUGGAUUGUGGACAAAGAUGCAAAAAAUGCUGAAUCGAAAGUUCUUGAGGAUGAUGAAAUAGAAACUUCUGACAUACAGAUUUUCUAUAAAGAAGAACCAGAAUGCCAGAAUCUUAGUCAGAACUUAUCUCCACCUUCAGGUACCCAGCAUUGUUCUUUUCCAUAAUGGUAUUCUUUGGGUAUUUUGUGUGGGGACAUGGCCUGCAGUGCCCAAAGCCAUAGUGUUAUGAAAGGGUUUUAAAGGAAAAGUAAGA